AAAAGAAAGAAAAGAAGAAGGGCAAUGGCUUCUUGUGGAGUAAUCAAAAGUACUUGCUUCUCUUUGUUAAAUUCUCAUGAUCAUGGCUCGACCCGUUUUCUCAAUUCCACCACCGCUCUCCCUACCCAAAGGCAAAAAUUCUAUUCUGGGAUAUCAGCUUCCCAUCAGGAUAGCAACACGAGCGAGAAACGGGAGCUGGCCGUGAAAACGGGUAGCCAUGGAGGGCAAAACGGUAAAUUGACAAAAGGACUCAACUUCAGUGGGGAAAAGCCAUCAACUCCGGUAUUGGACACCAUCAACCAUCCUAUUCACAUGAAAAAUCUCUCUGUUAAGGACCUGGAAAAGUUGGCUGACGAAUUAAGGGAAGAUAUAGUGUACUCGGUGUCGAAAACUGGAGGCCAUUUGAGUUCGAGCUUAGGCGUGGCUGAGCUUACUGUUGCACUACAUCAUGUCUUCAACUCUCCUGAGGACAAAAUCAUUUGGGACGUUGGUCAUCAGGCUUAUCCGCACAAAAUUCUUACCGGGAGGAGGUCGAGAAUGCACACAAUCAGGCAAACAUUCGGGCUUGCAGGGUUCACGAAAAGGGAAGAAAGCGUGCAUGAUGCCUUUGGGGCUGGCCACAGCUCAACUAGUAUUUCAGCAGCUUUAGGAAUGGCUGUGGCAAGGGACUUAUUAGGCAAGAAGAACCACGUAAUAUCGGUGAUAGGAGACGGGGCCAUGACAGCUGGACAGGCGUUUGAGGCGAUGAACAACGCAGGCUUUCUCGAUUCUAAUCUCAUAAUAGUAUUGAACGACAACAAACAAGUCUCUUUGCCCACCGCCACUGUAGACGGCCCGGCUCCUCCAGAUGUGAGCAAGAGUAUGGGGAACCAUGCCCAUGAAAUGGCUGCCAAGAUCGACACGUACAUCAGGGGCAUGGCCGGGACACCCGGAGUAUCCCUUUUCGAGGAGCUCGGUCUUUACUACAUUGGCCCUGUCGAUGGCCACUGCAUGGAGGAUCUCGUUCACAUUUUCAAGAAAGUCAAGGAGAUGCCCUCAACAGGCCCAGUUCUCGUUCACAUCGUGACCGAGAAAGGCAAGGGGUACCCUCCGGCCGAAGCUGCUGCUGACAAAAUGCACGGGAAAAUGGACCUAGCUUAUAUGCCUAGUGGGCUACUCCUCUCAUCACCAAUUAGUUUUGGGAUGGAACCUUUCACUAUGGUGUAUCUAGGCAUACCUUCUUAUAGUGCACUUUAUCUGCGGGUGGUGAAGUUUGACCCGAGGACUGGAAAACAGAUGAAGGGGAAACCAAAGACCCUUUCGUACACUCAGUACUUUGCGGAGUCCUUAGUGGCGGAGGCAGAGCAAGACGAGAGGAUUAUUGCUAUUCAUGCUGCCAUGGGAGGGGGCACGGGCCUCAACAUUUUCCAGAAACGAUUUCCCAAUCGAUGCUUUGAUGUUGGGAUUGCCGAGCAACAUGCCGUCACUUUUGCAGCUGGUCUGGCAACUGAAGGCCUCAAGCCCUUUUGCGCCAUUUACUCCUCCUUUCUGCAGAGAGGCUAUGAUCAGGUAGCUCAUGAUGUGGACCUCCAGAAGCUACCGGUUAGAUUCAUGAUGGACAGGGCCGGGCUAGUGGGUGCGGAUGGCCCGACACAUUGUGGAGCCUUCGACACGACUUACAUGGCUUGCCUGCCCAACAUGGUGGUGAUGGCGCCCUCGGAUGAGGCUGAGCUCAUGCACAUGAUUGCCACUGCUGCAAUAAUCGACGACCGGCCGAGCUGCCUCAGAUACCCCAGGGGAAAUGGCAUUGGUGCAGAUAUUCCACCCAACUACAAAGGAACACCAUUGGAAAUUGGCAAGGGAAGGAUCCUGAUGGAGGGUAGGCGAGUGGCGAUUUUGGGAUUCGGGACUAUAAUCCAAAACUGUUUAGCAGCGGCUAAGCUUCUUGGGGACCACGGCAUCUCGGUCACUGUGGCUGAUGCACGAUUUUGCAAACCUCUAGACGGAGAGUUGAUUAGGGAACUGGUUAAGGAGCACGAGGUUCUCAUUACAGUUGAGGAAGGUUCCAUCGGAGGAUUUAGUUCGCACGUCUCUCAUUUCUUGUGCUUGAACGGGUUACUCGACGGAAAUCUUAAGUGGAGGGCAAUGGUGCUCCCAGACAGGUAUAUUGACCAUGGAGAUCAAAAGGACCAAAUAGAAGCAGCUGGGCUGAGCCCCAACCACAUUGCAGCAACUGUACUGUCAGUAAUUGGAGAGAACAAGGAUAGCCUCCACUUGCUCAGCCUGUAAUGAAGACCAAAAUAUUCAAACAAAUAUUCCUUAUGAUAAAAAAGGGUCCCCAGAAAAGAAGAAUUGUCAUGUUGUAAUGAUGUAUUGUAUAUAGGGAAGACAUGUUGAAAAAUACAAAUGCAGGGGAUGGACCUUCUUGUUAUAAGCACCUAUUAUUUAAGAUUAAAGUUACCACUUUUGAUGAUAUAAGUUCUUUUUAUUUUUCGUUAUAUGUAUAAAUAAAUCGUAAUUUAAUAAAGUGUUAUUGUCGUUAUAUUUAUGUGAUGAGUAAUAUUUCUGGUCUGCCUUCUUUAGAAUGGUGUUGCUACGUACUCGUUAAACAUUUAUUGCUCA